AUGGAGCCGCCCGGCGGGGGCCAGGGGCCCGGCCGUGGGUCCCGGGACAAGAAGAAGGGCCGGAGCCCGGACGAGCUGCCUGCGGCGGGCGGCGACGGCGGCAAAUCCAAGAAAUUUACUCUGAAGCGGCUUAUGGCAGAUGAGCUGGAGAGAUUUACUAGCAUGAGAAUUAAGAAGGAGAAGGAAAAGUCCAAUUCUUCUCAUAGAAUUUCUUCAUCAUAUGGGGAUGAUCCCACAGCACAGUCAUUACAAGAUAUUUCAGAUGAGCAAGUGUUAGUACUUUUUGAACAGAUGCUGCUGGAUAUGAACCUGAAUGAGGAAAAACAGCAACCUUUGAGGGAGAAGGACAUUAUUAUCAAGAGGGAGAUGGUGUCUCAAUACUUGCACACUUCCAAGGCUGGCAUGAGCCAAAAGGAGAGCUCUCGAUCUGCCAUGGUGUACAUUCAGGAGUUGAAGUCAGGCUUGCGGGACAUGUCUCUGCUCAGCUGCCUGGAGUCCCUUCGUGUCUCCCUCAACAAUAACCCUGUCAGCUGGGUGCAAACAUUUGGUGCUGAGGGCCUGGCCUCUUUGUUGGACAUCCUUAAACGACUCCAUGAUGAGAAAGAGGAGACUUCUGGGAGCUACGAUAGCCGUAAUAAACAUGAGAUCAUUCGCUGCUUGAAAGCUUUUAUGAACAACAAGUUUGGAAUCAAGACCAUGUUAGAGACAGAAGAAGGAAUCCUGCUUCUGGUCAGAGCCAUGGAUCCUGCUGUUCCCAACAUGAUGAUUGAUGCAGCUAAGCUACUUUCUGCUCUUUGUAUACUACCACAGCCAGAGGACAUGAAUGAAAGGGUUCUGGAGGCAAUGACAGAAAGAGCUGAGAUGGAUGAGGUGGAACGUUUCCAACCACUGCUGGAUGGAUUAAAAAGUGGGACCUCCAUUGCACUCAAGGUGGGAUGUCUACAGCUGAUCAAUGCUCUCAUCACACCAGCUGAAGAACUUGACUUCCGAGUUCAUAUCCGAAGUGAACUGAUGCGCUUGGGGCUGCAUCAAGUGUUGCAGGAUCUUCGGAAAAUUGAAAAUGAAGAUAUGAGAGUGCAACUAGCUGUGUUUGAUGAGCAAGGGGAUGAAGAUUCCUAUGACCUGAAGGGACGGCUAGAUGACAUUCGAAUGGAGAUGGAUGACUUCAGUGAAGUCUUCCAGAUUCUCUUAAACACAGUGAAGGAUUCAAAGGCAGAGCCACACUUCCUGUCUAUUCUGCAGCAUCUACUCUUGGUCCGAAAUGACUAUGAGGCCAGACCGCAGUACUAUAGGUUGAUUGAAGAAUGUAUUUCUCAGAUAGUUUUGCACAAGAAUGGGGCUGAUCCUGACUUCAAGUGCCGGCACCUCCAGAUUGAUAUUGAGGGAUUGAUUGAUCAAAUGAUUGAUAAAACAAAGGUAGAGAAAUCUGAAGCCAAAGCUACAGAGCUGGAAAAAAAGCUGGACUUAGAGUUAACAGCCCGACAUGAGCUACAGGUGGAAAUGAAAAAAAUGGAAAGUGACUUUGAGCAGAAGCUCCAGGAUCUUCAGGGAGAAAAGGAUGCAUUGGGUUCUGAAAAGCAACAAAUUGUCACAGAGAAACAGGACCUGGAAGCGGAGGUGUCUCAGCUCACAGGAGAGGUUGCUAAGCUAUCCAAGGAAUUGGAAGAUGCCAAGAAAGAAAUGGCUUCUCUCUCUGCUGCAGUUACUGCUGCAGCCCCUCCCAGCAGUGCUGCUGUUCCCCCUGCCCCUCCUUUACCUGGUGACUCUGGCUCUGUUAUUCCACCCCCACCCCCACCUCCUCUUCCUGGGGGUGGUACUAUUAUUCCUCCACCACCUCCCCCUCCUUUACCUGGGGGUGUUUGUAUCCCCCCACCCCCUUCUUUACCUGGGGGUGCUGCCAUUCCUCCACCCCCUCCUUUGCCUGGGGGUGCUGCCAUCCCUCCACCCCCUCCUUUGCCUGGGGGUGCUGCCAUCCCUCCACCCCCUCCUUUGCCUGGGGGUACUGCUAUCCCUCCACCCCCUCCUUUACCUGGGGGUGCUGGCAUUCCCCCACCUCCCCCUUUGCCUGGGGGUGCUGGCAUACCCCCACCUCCUCCUCUACCUGGAGGAUCUGGAAUGCUGCCUCCCCCUCCCCCUCUUCCUGGUGGUUCUGGAAUCCCCCCACCCCCUCCAUUUCCUGGAGGCCCUGGCAUUCCUCCACCUCCACCUGGAAUGGGUAUGCCCCCACCUCCCCCUUUUGGAUUUGGAGUUCCUACAGCCCCAGUUCUGCCAUAUGGUUUGACCCCAAAGAAGCUUUAUAAGCCAGAGGUGCAGCUCCGGAGGCCAAACUGGUCCAAGUUUGUUGCUGAGGACCUUUCCCAGGACUGCUUCUGGACAAAGGUGAAGGAGGACCGCUUUGAGAACAAUGAACUUUUCGCCAAACUUACCCAUGCCUUCUCUGCCCAGACCAAGACAUCAAAAGCCAAGAAGGAUCAAGAAGGUGGAGAAGAAAAGAAAUCUGUGCAAAAGAAAAAAGUGAAAGAAUUAAAGGUGUUGGAUUCAAAGACGGCCCAGAAUCUUUCUAUCUUUCUGGGCUCCUUCCGCAUGCCCUAUCAAGAGAUUAAGAAUGUGAUCCUGGAGGUGAAUGAGGCUGUUCUGACUGAGUCUAUGAUCCAGAACCUCAUUAAGCAGAUGCCAGAGCCAGAGCAGUUGAAGAUGCUGUCCGAGCUGAAGGACGAGUAUGAUGAUCUGGCGGAGUCGGAGCAGUUUGGCGUAGUGAUGGGCACUGUGCCCCGCCUGCGGCCUCGCCUCAACGCCAUCCUCUUCAGGCUGCAGUUCAGCGAGCAGGUGGAGAACAUCAAGCCAGAGAUCGUUUCUGUGACUGCCGCGUGUGAGGAGGUGCGGAAGAGCGAGAGCUUCAAGAACCUUUUGGAGAUUACCUUGCUUGUCGGAAACUUUAUGAAUGCUGGUUCCAGGAAUGCUGGGGCUUUCGGCUUCAACAUCAGCUUCCUCUGUAAGCUUCGAGACACCAAGUCCACAGAUCAGAAGAUGACCUUGUUGCACUUCUUAGCUGAGUUGUGUGAGAAUGACUAUCCUGAUGUCCUCAAGUUUCCAGAUGAACUUGCCCACGUGGAGAAAGCCAGCCGAGUUUCUGCUGAAAACUUGCAAAAGAAUCUGGAUCAGAUGAAGAAACAGAUUUCUGAUGUGGAACGUGAUGUCCAGAAUUUCCCAGCUGCCACAGAUGAGAAAGAUAAGUUUGUUGAAAAAAUGACUAGCUUUGUGAAGGAUGCACAGGAACAGUAUAACAAGCUGCGGAUGAUGCACUCCAACAUGGAGAACCUCUAUAAGGAGCUGGGCGAGUACUUCCUCUUUGACCCCAAGAAGGUGUCUGUGGAAGAAUUCUUCAUGGAUUUGCACAACUUUAAGAAUAUGUUUGUGCAAGCAGUCAAGGAGAACCAGAAGCGGCGGGAGACAGAGGAAAAGAUGCGGCGAGCAAAACUAGCCAAGGAGAAGGCAGAGAAGGAACGGCUGGAGAAGCAGCAGAAGAGAGAGCAACUCAUAGACAUGAAUGCAGAAGGUGAUGAAACCGGUGUGAUGGACAGUCUUCUGGAAGCCCUGCAGUCAGGCGCAGCAUUCCGACGGAAGAGAGGACCCCGUCAGGCCAACAGGAAGGCCGGGUGUGCCGUCACAUCUCUGCUAGCCUCAGAGCUGACCAAGGAUGAUGCCAUGACUGCUGUCCCUUCCAAGGUGACCAAGACCAGUGAUGGAGUUCCCACAAUCCUGGAGGAGACCAAGGAGUUGGUUGGCCGUGCAAGCUAAUCUGGGACCUGUGGCCGUGGCAGCUCCUCAGUGGAGCCCAGACUGUCCUGCCCUGCAGCCUGUGCCUAAAGGGUCAUGGAGAUAUCCCUGUGGGGUGGCCUGUCCCAUCGCCCUGACCCUGCCUUUCUCUCUGGCCUGCUGCUCUCUGUACGUCUCUGUACACAGCUUCAGCUGCCUGGAGGCCAGAAGGAAAGGGCCGUAUGGGGGAGGCCUGAGCCCAACCCAGCCAGCCCUGGCUGUUGCAUUACCAAAGCAGGCUCCGUGUUCGCUGCCUUAACCCCAAGUGUCUCCUCUGUUACUCUGAGGCCUGUCUCAGACAAGGCCCUGCCUGCUUAUCAGCCCCUGGCUCUCCAGUGGGCUUCCCAUAGGUCAACUUGCUGGGUUUGUGCUUUUCUUUUGUGGUUUCUCUGGCCCUGAGAACAGCAUGGGGCUUGUGAACUUUUGGGCUAUACCCCACCUUUCACUGCUGUCACCUCUGCUCUGCUCCUCCUGGCUGUUGUUAUUUAUUACUGGUGGUGUGGCAUUGGAAGCUGCCUCUUAAGGAAGUGGGGAGCAAGUCCCAGCCUUACUCCACCUACCUGAGAAAGGCCUCCCAAAACAAAAAGGACCUGGGCCGCUUUUAUCUGUUCCAUUGUGGCGCAGGCCAGAGCCUGUGGGCAGGCGGGCAGGGCAUAGAGACAUCGUGGGACCUGCCCCAGCCUGCUGCCAUGCGCUGUGCCCUCGCCUCUUCGGACCCUCUGCACCAGCCCCAGGCCACUGAGCCAUGGCCCCUGUUGUGCCCUCCCCAGAGCUUUGGUGCAUCUCAUCUGGAGUACCGGCUGUAUUGUGACCAUCCCAACACCUUACCCUCUGUCUCCAAGGAAAUGGGAGGUGGAGCCUCCUGGCUGAGAAAUUGUUUUGCAAAUGGAUCUAUUUUUGUAUGAGAUUUUUUUUUUUUUUUAAAGAAAAAUAACUCUUCCUUCCCUCUUCUCCAUAAUGUAAGAGUCUUUGAUGGCAGGUUCCAGAGUCCUUGGGAUUUCUCCCCACCGGCCUCAAUUCUGAACAGGCCCCAUGGACCUCCGCCUCAGCCCUCAAGCCUUCUGGGCCCUUGAGGCCAGUACAGGUUCUCUCCCAGCCUCCAGUUCUGGCAGAGGAGGAAGCUCUUCUCGGGUUGAGCUGAACCAGGCCUGAGAGUAGUGGGGGCUUUGAGAUCACAGAGUUUUUAUAAAUGUAAUAUAUUUAUCAAGCCAAAUGUGCAGAUGCUAACUGGACACUCUGGGGAAGUGGGCAGAGGAGUGCCCCGCCCCCAUUUGUACCCCUGCUCCCUUCUGAACAGUGGGCAGGCCAAACUGUUCGGUGGCUCCAGCCACAGGACGCUCAGACUCUCUCGAGGUGACACUGUGCCCACCCUGUGCUCCUUCAUCUUCCCACCCCGGUAGGGAGAGGGCGCACUGGUAAGGCCUCGCCCGGAUUACCGUUGUUAGCGCCGCGGGAGUCGCGGGGAGACGGAGGGCACUUGUGUGGAGGCGUUGAGCAGGAAGAAGGGUUCUGGUUGCUAGAGCCUGUGUGAGGGGCAACAGCAGCUCUUGAGUUACUCUCCGGAAGAUGUGCGAGGGCCCUGCUGCUCCCUACGUCUCCUUUCUCUCCCUGCUGACACCUGGGGCUUUGACCCUUUCUUUUUUAAUCUACUUUUGCUAAGAUGCAUUUAAUAAAAAAUUUUUAAAAGGUGGGGGGACAGUAUACAAACCUAUUUCCCUUGCCUCUUGGGCUUCUGGGAUGUCAUCACCUCCAGUUUGUUGGGUUUGUUUCCAACUGUUAAUAAAGCAUUGAAACAGUACUUGCCUUACAGCCUCCUGUGUGAAUUUCUGAGCCGUUUCUUUUUCUUUUCCCUCUCAUCCAGACCCCUCUAUGUUGUCCUGCCUCCGAUCCCUGGU